CAGCUGCUCCUCACCCCGCCGCGCUCCCGCCCCGCUCCGCUGUUGUCGCCGCCGUCGCGAUGCGCGGCCGCAGCAACUCGGGUGUGCGGCUGGACGGCUACGGCCGGCUGGUGCAGCAGACCAUCCUCCGGCACCAGGACGCCGUGACCGGGCUGCUGCCCGCCAGCGCCGACCACCGCGAUGCCUGGGUCCGGGAUAACGUCUACAGCAUCCUGGCCGUGUGGGGCCUGGGCCUGGCCUACCGCAAGAACGCCGACCGCGACGAGGACAAGGCCAAGGCCUACGAGCUGGAGCAGAGCGUGGUGAAGCUGAUGAGGGGGCUGCUCCAGUGCAUGAUGAGACAGGUGGACAAGGUGGAGGCCUUCAAGUACAGCCAGAGCACCCGGGAUUGCCUGCAUGCUAAGUACAACACCCACACCUGUGCCACUGUGGUGGGAGACCACGAGUGGGGGCACCUGCAGUUGGAUGCUACCUCCCUCUACCUGCUCAUGCUGGCUCAGAUGACUGCCUCAGGCCUCCACAUAAUUCACAGCCUAGAUGAAGUCAACUUCAUCCAGAACCUCGUCUUCUACAUCGAAGCAGCCUAUAAGACAGCGGACUUUGGGAUAUGGGAACGUGGGGACAAGACGAACCAGGGGAUCACUGAGUUGAAUGCCAGCUCUGUCGGCAUGGCUAAGGCUGCCCUGGAGGCCUUAGAUGAGCUGGAUCUCUUUGGAGCAAAGGGAGGCCCACAGUCUGUGAUUCGAGUGCUGUCAGAUGAGGUGCAGCACUGCCAGUCCAUCCUCCACUCGAUGCUGCCGAGGGCCUCCUCAUCAAAGGAAAUAGAUGCUGGCGUUCUCUCCAUAAUUUCCUACCCAGCUUUUGCUGUGGAGGACAGUGAGCUGGUGGAAAUUACCAAGCAAGAGAUCAUCACAAAGCUGCAGGGGCGCUACGGCUGCUGCCGCUUCCUCCGUGACGGAUACAGGACCCCCAGAGAGGAUCCCAACCGUUCCUACUAUGAACCUGCAGAGCUGAAGCUCUUUGAGAACAUCGAGUGUGAGUGGCCUUUGUUCUGGACAUACCUGAUCAUUGAUGGGAUUUUCAGUGGAAACAUGGAGCAGGUUCAAGAGUAUCGGGAGGCCCUUGAGGGGAUUCUCAUCAAGGGGAAGAACGGGGUGCGCCUGGUGCCAGAGCUGUACAGUGUCCCGCCAGAAAAGGUGGAUGAGGAAUACAACAACCCCCACACUGUGGACAGGAUACCCAUGGGCAAGCUGCCACUCAUGUGGGGUCAGUCCCUCUACAUCCUGGGCUGCCUGAUGGCUGAGGGAUUUCUAGCUCCUGGUGAAAUUGAUCCACUCAACCGCCGCUUUGCGACUGUCCCCAAGCCCGACGUGGUGGUGCAAGUGUGCAUCCUAGCAGAGUCAGAGGGGAUCAAGGCUGUUCUGAGGAAGGAGGGCAUCCAUGUGGAUACUGUGGCCGAUGUUUACCCCAUCCGAGUGCAGCCUGCUCGCAUCCUCAGCCACAUCUAUGCUCGCUUGGGUCGCAACAAGCAGAUGAGCUUGACAGGACGGCCCUACCGGCACAUGGGAGUGAUUGGGACCUCCAAGCUCUACGACAUUAGGAAGAACAUCUUUGCCUUCACCCCACAGUUCAUAGACCAGCAGCAAUUCUACCUGGCACACGAUAACAAGAUGAUUGUGGAGAUGCUGAGGACAGACCUCUCGUACCUCUGCAGCCGCUGGAGGAUGACUGGGCGGCCCACCAUCACCUUCCCCAUCUCUCAGACCAUGCUCGAUGAUACAGGCAGCAGCAUACACCCCACGGUGCUGGCAACACUACGGAAGCUGCAGGACGGGUAUUUCGGUGGUGCAAGGAUCCAGACGGGUAAGUUGUCGGAGUUGCUGACAACGUCAUGCCGAACACACCUCAGCUUCAUGGACUCUGGGCCAGAGGGUAAGGUCUUUGCCAACAGUUACAAGCUCGGCCUUGACAGCUUUGAGGAGCUAGACCCUGAGGAGUGGCUGCAUGGCUUGCAGUUUGCAGAGGAUGCAGACGCAUACGAUGAGGUUGCGCAGUACCUGGACCACCUGCUGCAGCGCACGGUUCCCCAGUCCAUCCUCCCUCCCACUGCCCAGCAAGGAGGGCUGAAGCGCUUCCGUGCUGCCGUCCACACCACCCGUGAUCUCAUGUCCCUGGCAUCCAAGGCCAAGGACCUUCAGGUCCAGAAUGUUGGGAUGUACAUCCCCAGCAAGAUCUUCCAGGCAUCCCAGCAGUCAGUAAAGUUGUUGAGCUCACCCAACCAACAAGACCAGGAAGCCAAGAGCCAGUCACUCCAUGCAGAGAUGAACCUGCCCCGCGAUGAGGCUGGCAAUGUGGACUGCAAGGCACUGGUGGACCAGCUGCGCAUGUGCCCCACGCUGCAGGAGCAAGCAGACAUCCUUUACAUGCUCCACAUCCUCAAGGGGCCCGAGUGGCACACGGGGCUUGAGAGUGAGCCUGGCCCCACUGUCAAGGAGCUCCUCACUGAGCUGUACGUGCGGGUGGGGGCAACACGCCAGUGGGCUCUGAUCCGCUACAUCUCUGGCAUCCUCAAGAAAAAGGUGGAAGCUUUGGAUGAGGCCUGCACGGCCCUCUUGUCUCACCAGAAGCACUUGACAGUGGGGCUGCCCCCAGAGCCACGUGAGAAGACCAUCACAGCCCCGAUCCCCUAUGAGGAGCUCGUUCGUCUCAUUGAUGAAGCCAGUGAGAAGAACCUAAGCGUGUCCAUCCUUACCCAGGAGAUCAUGGUGUACUUGGCCAUGUACAUGCGCACACAACCAGCGCUCUUCACUGAUAUGUUUCGAAUCCGCAUUGGGCUCAUCAUCCAGGUGAUGGCAACAGAGCUGGCACACUCCCUGCGCUGCUCAGCUGGAGAAGCCACUGAGAACCUGAUGAAUCUCAGCCCAUACAACGUGAAGAACCUCCUCUACCACAUCCUCUCUGGCAAGGAAUUUGGAGUGGAGAAGAGUGUGCGAUCGGUGGACUCGUUGGUCACCACUGCUAUCUCCAUCCAUGAUGUGGAGGCUUCUGGAGCCACCAAGACUGAGCGCACUGGCAUUGUCAAGCUGAAAAGUGAGCUCAAACAGCAACUGGAUAAACGUAGGCAGUCUCUGCCCGGGAGUAAGCCUGGGGACGGUGACCUGCUGGCCUCUCUGACCGCUGGACAAUCAGUGCUGCUGGACAAAGGCUCCUUUUCAAGCUUACUGAGAGACCAGGGCAGUAAGGACAGCCGCCAGGGCCAGUGGAAGCGGAGACGGCGGCUGGAUGGGGCCCUCAACCGUGUCCCCUUAGGAUUCUACCAGAAGGUCUGGAAGGUCCUGCAGAAGUGCCACGGUCUUUCUGUGGAGGGCUUUGUUCUCCCCUCUUCAACAACCAGAGAGAUGACCCCAGGGGAAAUCAAGUUUGCUGUGCAUGUGGAGUCGGUGCUGAACCACGUCCCUCAGCCGGAGUACCGGCAGCUGCUGGUAGAGACAAUCUUGGUGCUCACCAUGCUGGUGGAUGUGGAUGUGCACACCAUGGGUGGCAUCAUACCUGUGGAGAAGAUCCUGCACGCAGCCAAUGACCUCUUCUAUGAGGAGCAGAAAGCCCUGGGUGCUGAUGACCAGAUGCUGGAGAAGGAUCCCUCCACGGGCAUUUGUGACCUGCUGUACGACAGCGCACCGAGCGGCCGCUUCGGUACCAUGACCUACCUAUCCAAGUCAGUGGCCCUGCACCUGUACGACCUCCUGCCCGGGGAUGGCUGUGCCAUGCAGUAGAUCUCGCUGCUCUUGUCCCCACGCUGCGGACUCCUGCAGAGGCAUUAUUGCACACUGCUUCCAGCCCCAAGGCCUUCAGGCUGUGUCUGUGGCCUGGCCUUGUGCUGAGAGCUGUCAGGGGAGGGCUGAGCUCACAGCUCUGCCUUCUGCUCCAGCUCGCCUUAGGGAUGGGGGUCAGCAGGGACCCCCAGUGCUGUUCUCCUAAUGGAUUUGGAGGGUUUUAACCUGUUUUGUGCUGCUUUUCCCUCCAGACGUGAGGGGUUUAGUGUAGCGUGAGCUAGAGCUCUGCUAGGGGUAGUGCUGCUGGACGGAGGGCAGCACGCCGUGCCCCCCGCACCUUAUAGCCCCAUGUUGAUGGGGGAGGUGGUUUCACGUGUGUUUUCUGCCCUCCGUGUUGCCUUAAUGCUGCUCUGGGGCCUGUUUGGGCCCCUUUGCUGUGAGCUGGCUGGGGGCAGCCUUCAGGCCUCGGGCCUUUUGUUACAAAAGUCACGUUUUACAAACAAACAGAAAUAGCCCAUUCGUGCUGUGUGGGAACCCGCAAUAAAACGUCUCCAGCCCG